CUGGAGGGCAGCGUUUGGUAAUGGCGCGGGAAGCCGCUGGUAACAUUUUCCUGUGCAACGCAGACCUUGUGUGUUGUCUCGUACACGCUGACGCCCGCCUGCGCGGACACGCUACAGCUUUUGUCGUGCACAAAGCCUGUGACGUUCUCUAACGGACAGAGAAGUUGCAGACGGCACUGUCAUCAUUUGCUGUCGUAAUGCGUUCCUUCCAGAACGCGGUGACGGGAAUUUUUUUGUUUGGCGCGACUGGGCCGCGCGGUGAACACGCAUGAGGAGUGUCUGCCUCGCAAACAUUAGCCUGCCGCCGGGCUGCAUGCUGUUUUCGUAUAAAUGUCUUGAUCCAGACACACUCUCAUUUUGUCGUCUUACGGGGAUUCCCGUUUCCCUUGCAGAUACGGAAGAGGACUGUUGCAUGUUGAGCGGCGUCGCAGCGGUGGAAUUUAGGGAGAGCUCCGUGCGACAGCCAACCUGUGGAAUGCCUUCCGUCUCGACCCACCACUCAAUUCCAGGGACUCGCGUCGCUUGUUCCUUUCUCUGUUAGUCACCACUAUGGACCCGCUCCCCCACGGAGUGGGCAGUGGCGGUGGCUAUCCGUCGAACGGCCCCGAAGCAUGGUUCUUUUCCCUCCCGCCAGUGACCCGUGCGGUCACGUGUAUCACCUUUGCGUGCACCCUGCUCUCGUCGAUUGAACUGAUGCCCGCUCGCCUGCUCAUUUUGGACUGGGAGUUGGUUUUCCAAAAACUUCAGGUCUGGAGGCUGCUCACCAAUGUCUUGUACAUCGGCAGGUUCUCUCUGGGUUGGGUGCUGCACAUGUACAUGUGGACCCAAGUCAGCUCCGACCUCGAAAACAACGCCGUGUUCGUUCAAGCAAGCAAAGGGGCGUACCUUUACUUCAUCGUUCUUCAGACCCUCUGUCUAGACUGCAUCUCUCUGCUUCUUUUUUGGCCCACGGGCCUUCACCUGCUGGGUGGUUCUCUCCUCUUCGCCGUUCUCUACUACUGGAGCCGGCGGGAAUCGUACACUCCAGUGUCUAUCUACUUUCUGACAGUCCAGGGUCAUCAGCUGCCUUUCGUUCUGCUCCUUCUACAUCUUUUGAUGGGGAAGGAUCUCUGGUCGGACGCGAUCGGCCUCCUCUCCGGACACAUUUACUACUUCUUCAGAGAGAUUCUGCCGGCGCAAGGCGGUGCAGACUUGCUGAGCUACACGCCGAAGAUGUUCGACCGGCUGGCAGAGAGGCUUUCGAAUCGUCCCGAAGUGGGCAGAAGACCGGCAGCCAACCGAACAGGAACUGCCUCAACUGGCGCGGGUGGAGGCGGCCCUGGUGGUCCCGGAGGGAGCACCUGGGGAGGUUCUGUCCGGCCGCGACCUGCAGCUGGUGGUUCGGGAACUCAGGCGUUUUCAGGGCGUGGUUACCGUAUAGGGUCAGAUUAGAUUACCGCACACAUUUGCCUGGUUGGAACUGAGAACGCGACGAGGCAACCUCAAAGGAUCGCGACCGGUAGGAGAAACUGCCCGGGUAACCGUUCAAAAAGCGUACUUCACCAAUGCUGGGAUGCCAGUUCUGGAUUUGCGCGAUACGUCAAACAACUGUCGUUCUUGUUUUUGAUUUCUCUAAAAACACCAAGUCG